AUGGCCUCCUCCGUUAUACCAGCAGCUGAUCUCAGAUCUUUUACGGAGUAUCUGAAAGGAUGUAAACGAAUUAUCGCCCUCUGCGGAGCAGGCUUAUCUGCGUCCUCUGGGCUUCCAACAUUUCGGGGAGCCGGUGGUCUCUGGCGGUCCUACGAGGCUAUGGACUUAGCUACUCCCGAGGCUUUCGAAGCGAAUCCGGACCUAGUAUGGCAUUUCUACAGCUAUCGCAGACACAUGGCGCUCAAGGCGAAGCCAAACCGCGCACACUAUGCUCUUGCGGAGCUUGCACGAAGGAAUAGAGAUUUCAUCACUUUGACUCAAAAUGUUGAUGACCUGUCGCAACGCGCGAACCAUCCCUCCGAACAACUUCACCUUCUGCACGGCUCUCUGUUUACCGUCAAAUGCACGUCAUUCUACUGCACCUACAUCCAGGAAAAUGAAUUCACCGAUCCUAUAGUCCCCUCGCUCGCGGGCGCAAAGGGGAUCCCGGACCCGACUCCUUCCGGUGAGGAUAAGACGGGUGAGGAGGCCUCUCGAGCGCUGUCCAGUGCAAUGAGAAAAGAGGAGGAGAGAGAACUGGACAUAUCUGAUGAAAGUGUUCCACUACCUUCAAUAAGCCGAAAUGCGCUGCCGCACUGCCCAGAAUGCAAAGAAGGACUCUUGCGGCCUGGUGUGGUGUGGUUUGGUGAAAGCUUGCCGUCACAGACACUCCGGGCGGUGGAUAAAUGGAUGGACUCUGGUCCCAAAGUCGAUCUGAUCUUGGUGAUUGGGACGAGCUCCAGAGUAUAUCCAGCUGCAGGUUAUGUUGACAGAGCUCGUCAACUGGGGGCUAAAGUUGCUGUGAUCAAUAUGGAUCGCAACGAUGUUGGGUCUUCAGGCUUGAAAACUGGUGACUGGUUCUUCCAGGGCGACGCAGGUGUCAUAAUUCCAGAGAUCCUAAAACCUGUCAUUGGUGGUUUAUAG